ACAUUCAAUCGUUCGAUUUUCUGGAUAUUAACAGCACUUGAAAGUUGAAACCUCAGGCUCAGGAUGGCCAAUGAAUACCAAGUACGUGCUAAGACCGGCUCUUAACCGGAGCAAGCCGGUCUCGACUCUCCCGUCGCGAUGCAGAAGCCUAUUGACUACACUCGGUCAAGCAAGAGUAGAAAUAGACUCAAAUAGUACAUAGUCUGAUAGAUAGAUGGACGUCACCUACACCGCACCAGUCCAACAAUCUCUCAACUCUGAAGAAGUUGAUAAAAUGGCAAACCCCUUGGCCCUGUUUUGUAAUUAACAGUCUCGUCCGUCUUCUCGUCUUAACCUCUGACCGAUCGACGAUGCUGUCACGUCUGUUAUUUCUCCAUGAAUAGGAAGGUGCAUGCUGCAGGUAAGAAAUGGCACCCCCAGAAGAAGGCACACCUACAGCACGCUCUCUACAAGAAACGCCCACUUGGGCACUCGCGACUGUCUGCUUCCUAUUCAUCUCCAUCUCCAUUUUUCUCGAGCAUUCCAUUCAUCUCCUUGGCAACUGGCUCAAGACACAUCGAAAGAAAGCAUUAAACGAAGCCGUGGAAAGGCUUAAAUCAGAGUUAAUGCUUCUGGGAUUCAUGUCGCUGCUCCUAACAGUAAUACAAAAACCCGUUUCUACCAUAUGCAUACCCACCCGAGUUGCAGAUACCAUGCUUCCAUGCCGUAAAGGAACCAUAAAAACCACAACUAGUAAACAUGUUCAAUUCAACAGUGGAGAUUCCAUGGAUAUGUUUUGGGCAAACGAUGCCCCUAAAGAUGGUCCACGGCAAUUCCAAAGAUUACUAGACGAGGAUGAAACUGCCACUUCUGAUAGCUGUGCUGCUAAAGACAUGGUUUCUCUAAUAAGCCAAGACGGGCUGCAUGAGCUUCAAAUGUUCAUCUUUUUCUUGGCAGUGAUGCAGCUUGUUUACAGCUUUCUCACCAUGGCUCUUGGAAGGGCUAAGAUGAAGCAGUGGAAAGCCUGGGAGAAAGAGACACAAACGGUCGAGUACCAGGUUGCCAAUGAUCCCAGACGAUUUAGAUUUACAAGGCAAACAACAUUUGGGAGACGACAUAUGCAAUCUUGCACAGACACAUCAGUUCAGCUAUGGGUUAAAUGUUUCUUCAGGCAAUUCUUCAAUUCGGUAGCAAAAGUUGACUAUCUCACCUUGUGCCAUGGAUUCAUUGCAGCCCAUCUGUCCAACAAUAAUGCAUUCAAUUUCCAAAAGUACAUAGAGCGAUCCUGGGAGGAUGACUUCAAAACGCUAGUUGGAGUAAGCCCUCUCAUGUGGUUUCUUGUCAUUAUAUUCCUCCUGGUCGAUGUGCAUGGAUGGCAUGUAUACCUCUGGGUUUCCUAUGUCCCAUUGAUUAUAGUAUUGGUGCUGGGAACCAAGCUUAAGGUCAUCGUUGCAAGAUUGGCUCUUCAAAUCAAGGACAAGAACGCUGUAAUCAUAGGAACCCCUCUGGUGCAACCAAAUGACGAUCUCUUCUGGUUUGGGAAACCAGAAUUUGUCCUCACUCUUCUACAUUUCACCUUGUUUACGGGUGAUCGUGCAAGUCCUUUCCAGCUACAUUACUCUUCCGCUUUAUGCACUUGUGACACAGAUGGGUUCAAAGUACAAGGGUGCAUUGUGCUUCAAGAGGAAAUAGCAACAUUCUUAAAGCAAUGGCAUGCUCAAGUGAGGGAGAGACUCGCACCCAAAACUCCAAUGUUGCGAGCACCACCAGAGAUUCUAAGUCCACACGUCUCUUCUCCCAUGUCCCCACAACCCAUACCCAGGGUCCCUGCAACAGCACAAUCCUCUGGUAAAGAUGAAGUCACUGAAGAACGUGGAAGAACUCAAAGAGGAACCAAUGCUUGCUAAUCCAAAUUCCGGGACCGUGGUGCUAGAAUUGCCGGUACUGAGGUGAGAUAACGUUGAAAUGCCAGAGCUUAUGGUAUUUGUUCGAACCGGAAUGAUCAGAAAGCCACCUCUGCUCAUAACACAUGUCGCGUAUCUGAUAUUCUCUAUGCAGAAAAUUGCUUGAUAUCUAUAUCUAUAUCUAUACUAUAUUAUAAAGUGAAUAUUUGAUUGGACUCUGAGAAUAUCAUAAAAGUUAA